UUUGCAAAGAUGACUUCUCAUAGUACUCAAAUCCUCACCAAGAAAGUCGAACUUGAUAAUAAAAUAGAACCUCAUAUUUCAGUUGAAGAUAAGAUUUCUAGAAUUUUUAAGAACCCAAAAAUAUACGCACUUUCCUCCAAUUAUGACGAUGCAGCAAGAUCUAAAAAGAUUACUCUCGAGAACACUUGCUGUACUAACGGCUUUGCGGCUGCUAUUCUUCAUGCCUAUAACCACCACAAACAUUUACGUUUAAGUCCUGAUGAUAUUUGGCUCGCUGUUGCUCAAGGCGUUAGUAAUCAUAUUAAUAAUAAUUCAGAAAAAUUCCGUGAUUGGCAAGAAGCUGUAAAUAGACUUGUCAGGAAAACUGAUGAGCAUGUGGAAAAAAUUGAAUUUAAAGAAUUAUUAGAAUGUGAUUUUUCAACAACAACUUCAAGCAGUUUAACAGCAAGCCGUAUUGUGUUAUUAGAUACAUUUAAGGCAUAUUUCAAUUUUAGAACCUCAGUUUUUUGUGGAAUUCCAAAAGUUACACUUGAGGGAACUCUCGAUGAUUGGAAUAAGCUUCAAGAAAAAGUUGUUCAAUUAAGAAAGUUAAAUUUAGAACUUGAUUUUUGGUUAGAUCGCCUUGAACCUGUGAUUUGGAAAUUAGUAGAAACUUAUCGUGGCGAGGUUGACGAAGAUUUUUGGAGUAAAAUUAUAAAUAUAUACAAACAAUUCGGUUCAGGAGACGAUAUUUUUAUUUCAGGGUGGAUGUUAGCCUUCUUUCCUUAUAAUCGUUCAGGAACGCCUUUUCCAUACAACAAUGUAGAAAUUCCUGAUAUUCCAGACGGCAUGGUUGAUGUUCCUUUUACUACUGAUACUGGUUACUUUUUGAAAUUUGUAGCUGGGUUUGUCGGUGCUAAUCAAGAGAUUCUUGAAAAUUCUAAUGAAUCUGUUGUUUCUCCGGUGAUCGGAUGGUUUAUUACUGAUAAAGUGGAUGAUUCUUCCAACAAAAAGGUGUUGCUCGAAAGUUUUUAUCGGCAGGCCUAUGAUCCGAUCCCCUGA